GCAGUUUUAUUUUCAUUUUCAUUUUUUCAUUUUCAAUAUUUUUUUGUACGUUAUACACCAAAAAAAGACCACUUGAAUAUAUAAAUGGGAUCGGAUACUAAGGAAGACAUCGUGAUGGCAGAGACGCCAGUUGUAGAUACAGCCGCAGUCGAAAAGGCCCCGACAGCAGACACGCCAGCCAAGGAGAAGAAGGACAAAAAGGAAAAGAAGGACAGGAAGAGCAAGGAUGAGUCAGAUAGCACAAAAGACAAGCCCAAGAGCAAGGGCAAGAAGAAGAGCAGCGGCGGCAAAAAACCCGAGGUCGAGCCAAAGCCGCGGUCGCCCUGGAGUGUGUGGAUCGGAAACCUGCCGUACACAGUGACAAAGGACCAAAUCCGGGAGUUUUUCAAGCCCUGCGGCGGCGAGAUUACGCGCGUCAACUUGCCCAAGAAGGACGGCAAGAUUAGUGGCUUUGCUUAUGUGGACUUUGACAAGGCUGAGCCCGUCGGCCUGGCACUUGCAUACUCGGAGCAGACGAUGGGCGGUCGCGCCGUGCUGAUCAAGAGCGCCAGCGAUUUCACCAAAACCGGUGCCCCAUCACGCGUGGCUCCCUCGACCAACGAGGCCGCUGCGCCCAGAAGCGAAAAGCCCAAGGCUGCAGACAAGGGAAAGAAGACACCGGCGGCGGCGCGCAACAAGAACCCAACCAGCCCGACACUGUUUGUAGGCAACUUGAGUUUCGAUGUCAAGCGUAGCGACCUCAAGACUAUAUUCCGGCAAUUCGGCGACCUGUACGGCGUGCGCGUGGCCACCUUUGAGGACAACCCGGAGAAGUGCAAGGGAUUUGCCUAUGUUGACUUCAAGUACACGGACGACGCCACAAAGGCGAUGCAAUCGCCGGAACUCAAGGAGAUCGGAGGCCGCCGCACCCGCAUCGAGUAUGCCGGCGAGGAUGCGACAAAGAAGGGCCGGCCUUGGGAGUUUGAUCCCAAGACCAUGAACGUGAACCCAUCGCACGCCGUCCACCCGAUCAAGAAGCGCGCGUACGGCGCCAGGGGCAAUGCCGAUGACGACGACUCUGACGCCGAGACGAGCGCGCCAAAGGCUCAAGAGGCGCCCAAGGAGAGACCUGCUUAUAAUAGGAGGGAUUCGAACAAAAGAUCUCGCAAGCUUGAUACCGACAACAUGGCCGAGACGAAGCUCCAAGGUCUGCCCGUCGAGUUUGAGGGACAGAAGAUCACGUUCGGCGACUAAUUUUUUGUUUUGCGCUCAUUGGUUAUAUUUCAUUUUGUUCAACACAUAUUUUACAUUUUGGCAAACAAAAAAGUGGCGGAUAUAAUACAUCCCAGGUUAUAUUUCCAGCUGUCCGACCUUUUUGUAGUAGUCUGUGUUCUUGUCCUUUGGCAGGAGCAUCGACAGAAGCUCGAUGCGAGCGAUGACCUGCGUGCCAAGCUCAAAUUCUAUGUUUAGUUGAAAGUUGGUUCAAAGCGAAAAAUGAAGUAAAUAAAGCAAGACAUUGCAAUUGUAGUUAGUUGUGUUGUCAGUAGUGGAGACAUUUUAUACGGUAAGGUUUAGUUUCCCAAAAAAACACAGAAUAGACUGAUGCUCACCUCUAAAUGGCUCAUGCAAGGCA